CGGACUGACAACUCAUGGAGCCCCCCGGGCAAUAGGGGAUCAAGGGGUCCCUGUGUCCUUGCCCAAACUCAAAAAAGCCUAUGAAAAAAGGUACCAGGGGCAUCUCAUGGGGCCCCCUACUGACCCUGGGCCCUCGGGCAUUGCCCGAAAUGGUCUGUCCGCCCCUGACUGUAGGUCAAGCAUAUGUUUUAAAAACUAAAGGUAUGUACACUCCACAUGCAGCACUCCACAUGCAAAUACACUUUGGUUUAAAUUUAUGAUGAAGUUAGAUUUUUUGAAUUUUUUUACUGG